GGGAGCUAGACAGCCUGCGGUGCCGCUUUGUGGACAACAACUCCCAUUGUUGGGCGGAGAGAGACAAGUAAUCUUGUUGGUAUAUUCAUUAUCUUCGUUUGAAAAGCGCAUCUGUACAUUGUAUUGGAUUAGUAUGCGUUGAAUACUGCAUCAAUCUCUCAUCACUAGUCAGUUUGUCAUUUUGGUAGGGACUGAGAAAGUAGCUAUUGUACCGGGGUUCGUGUUAAGCAUCGGAAUUAACGGAGCCAUGGCCAAAAGUCUGUCCCUUGUUACUGUUAUUUUGUGUGGGACUCUGAUCCCCUUCGUGACAGCUGGAGAUGACUGUGAAGCCUACCUAAAUGCCUUCAGCCAAUACAAAGCCAAACUGGACUGCAGUACAUUUCAGUGGUGCUGUGGAACGUGUGAGAAUAGAUACUGCUGCAGCAGCCAAUCUCUCAGUCUGACUGAGUCUGAACAGGACCACUGCGUACACAGUGGCACUAUGACCACUUUGACCAUCUCGUCAUUCGUAGUGACAGCUGUCAUCUUCACCAUCAGUUUAAUCUGUUGCUGUGUGUGUCCCUGCUGUUGCCUGUACAAAAUGUGCCGGAAGCCCAGACCGGUGAUAGCCACGACCGCCCACACAACGGUGGUUAAUACUCACUACCCCCAGCAGCCCGUCCAGCCCUACCAGGGGGCCCCCCAGUACCCUGCCUACCAGACCGUGCCGGUCCAACCUGGGUAUGGGGUUCAGCCUCAACCCGGCUAUGGAGGGGGCCAGCCCAUAGCCACAGCACCAGGCUACCAGGGACAGCCAUUCCAGCCAGGACCACCCCCUCCUUACCAAGAGACUGGUCCAGCCUACCCUCCUGCUAUCCCAGUGUCCUAUAGUCAGGCUGGGUUCAGUCCAGGACAGCUAUCUUACCCCCUCCAGGCUCCAGCCCAGCCCAGCUACCCAGCCCAGCCUCAGCCAGCCUAUCCCUGUGCACCUCCCGCCCAGCCCGACUUCCUCUCUGCCCAGCCUGCUUACAACCCUGCCUUCAUGGAGCCCCAGCCUCCCAAGACUGGCAACUGAAGCAGCUCCUCCCCUCCCAUUCUCCAUCCACCCGCUCUCAUGGGAGACGGACGGACUGGUGGGAUAGAAACAGACAGACUGACUGACUGACUGACUGACUGACUGGUGGGAUAGAGACAGACAGACAGACUGACUGACUGACUGACUGACUGGUGGGAUAGAGACAGACAGACAGACUGACUGACUGACUGACUGACUGGUGGGAUAGAGACAGACAGACAGACUGACUGACUGACUGACUGACUGGUGGGAUAGAGACAGACAGACAGACUGACUGACUGACUGACUGACUGGUGGGAUAGAGACAGACAGACAGACAGACUGACUGACUGACUGACUGGUGGGAUAGAGACAGACUGACUGACUGACUGACUGACUGACUGGUGGGAUAGAAACAGACAGACAGACUGACUGACUGGUGGGAUAGAAACAGACAGACAGACGGGUGGGAUAGAAACAGACAGACAGACUGACUGACUGGUGGGAUAGAGACAGACAGACUGACUGACUGACUGACUGACUGGUGGGAUAGAAACAGACAGACAGACUGACUGACUGACUGACUGACUGACUGACUGGUGGGAUAGAGACAGACAGACAGACAGACAGGUGGGAUAGAAACAGACAGACAGACAGGUGGGAUAGAAACAGACAGACAGACAGGUGGGAUAGAAACAGACAGACAGACUGGUGGGAUAGAAACAGACAGACAGACUGGUGGGAUAGAAACAGACAGACAGACGGGUGGGAUAGAAACAGACAGACAGACUGGUGGGAUAGAAACAGACAGACAGACGGGUGGGAUAGAAACAGACAGACAGACGGGUGGGAUAGAAACAGACAGACAGACGGGUGGGAUAGAAACAGACAGACAGACUGGUGGGAUAGAAACAGACAGACAGACUGGUGGGAUAGAAACAGACAGACAGACUGGUGGGAUAGAAACAGACAGACAGACGGGUGGGAUAGAAACAGACAGACAGACGGGUGGGAUAGAAACAGACAGACAGACGGGUGGGAUAGAAACAGACAGACAGACUGGUGGGAUAGAAACAGACAGACAGACUGGUGGGAUAGAAACAGACAGACAGACUGGUGGGAUAGAAACAGACAGACAGACUGGUGGGAUAGAAACAGACAGACAGACGGGUGGGAUAGAAACAGACAGACAGACGGGUGGGAUAGAAACAGACAGACAGACUGGUGGGAUAGAAACAGACAGACAGACUGGUGGGAUAGAAACAGACAGACAGACGGGUGGGAUAGAAACAGACAGACAGACGGGUGGGAUAGAAACAGACAGACAGACUGGUGGGAUAGAAACAGACAGACAGACUGGUGGGAUAGAAACAGACAGACAGACGGGUGGGAUAGAAACAGACAGACAGACGGGUGGGAUAGAAACAGACAGACAGACGGGUGGGAUAGAAACAGACAGACAGACUGGUGGGAUAGAAACAGACAGACAGACUGGUGGGAUAGAAACAGACAGACAGACUGGUGGGAUAGAAACAGACAGACAGACUGGUGGGAUAGAAACAGACAGACAGACUGGUGGGAUAGAAACAGACAGACAGACGUGUGGGAUAGAAACAGACAGACUGACAGACUGACAGACUGACAGACUGGUGGGAUAGAAACAGACAGACAGACGUGUGGGAUAGAAACAGACAGACUGACAGACUGACAGACUGACAGACUGACAGACUGACAGACUGACAGACAGACUGACUGACUGACUGACUGGUGGGAUAGAAACAGACAGACAGACUGGUGGGAUAGAAACAGACAGACUGACUGGAGCCAUACAUAGUCAUGAUCCGGUCAAUUCACUAAGCUGUUCUCACCUUAUCAAUAUGACUCCAACCUGUUCUCACGUGGGAUUGAACUGAACAAUGCUGUAUCCCAAAUGGCACCCUGUACGGUGCACUACCCUGGUCAAAAGUAGUGCACUACAUAGGGAAUAAGGUGCAAUUUGGGACUUAUCCUGUGUGUUCACUUUGGUUUAGGGCCAGGAGUUUUUCUGAUUGCCUCGUAACCUGGCCAGGAGUCUUUGGUCCAGGGUCUGUUUAGGACCUGGUCAAGCCUUGAGUUUCAUCUCAAAUGGUACCUUAUUCCCUAUAUAGGGCACUACUUUUAACCAGGGCCAAUGGUUGUGGUCUAAAGUGGUGCCCUAUAUAGGGAAUAUGGUGCCAUUUGGGAAUAACUCUGGGCCCCUAUGUUAAAGGUAACGUCUCAUGUUGUUGGUGUUCUUGUUAGAGUAUGUUCAUUACAAACCACACGGAAGAAAACUACCUUGGUUUCUGUUGCAAAGCGUUUUUUUCUGAUGAACACAACCCAGGAUAAAAUUAAACCUCAGUCAUUUCCAUUAAGUUA